AUUUAACCAAUCAAAUCUCUUCUCUCAUAUUGAGAGAAAAUGAGCACCCAGAAGUCAUCGAUGGUAAACACAAGAGAAGAACUCAAUGAAUUAGUGCGAAGAAGAACCGAAAUAGCGGACACCCUUGCCAAUCUGGAAAGACAGAUUUAUGCUUUUGAAGGAAGCUAUUUAGAGGACACCCAACUCUAUGGGAACAUCAUUAGGGGAUGGGAUAGAUACCUAGCCAACACAAACCUGUUUUCCAGGACCACAAACAGUAAGGCAGACAAACGGAACAGGAAGUUCAAGGAGGCUGACCGUCUCUUCUCCAAAUCCUCCGUCACAUCGGCCGCAGCGGUCAGUGGCAUUGUGGAUACUUUUGACAAAAACAGAGACAGGGACUGCCCCUCAAGCCCCGACUCCCAGAACAACCAAAACAGUGCCAACACCCCCCACACCAACGGACAGUCGGACAGCAACGAGUCCAGCCACAACCACUCAGGGAAGCUCCACAAGGGGGGCGGGGUCAUACGACACAAGAAAAAUAAAAGCAAAAACAAACACAGACUGGAGGUGAAACUAAAAAGAGGGAAAGAUAAAUAAACAGAGAACUUUAUGAAGGUAUCUGGAGAAUAACUGGACAUUAUUAAGUGAUCUUCUGUUCAAUCCAGUGAUAGCGUCUCAUCAGUUAGAUCAAUAGCCAAGGAAGAAAUGUGCAUGGAAAUCACCAAUCCAAAGUUCGGCUUCAAGGAGUUUUUUUUUAACAUAAGGAAACCUACAGAAUAAAAUCUCGAAAUCUACCUUAUAUAGUUUCAGACAAUUUCUCCAAACAAAGGAAAUGUGAUUGAAAAAAGUUUACCAUUGCUUAACAUGAUUUUACCGAUGAAAUGGCCUGUUUAACUGUUUGUUAUUUAUAUACCAUAAAUGACAUGUAUGUUUGACAUCAUUGUACAAUGUACAAAUGUAGUUAUGAUAUGUUUGGGCUGUAUACAUGAACAUGUAUGAUCAUGGCGAUUCUACAGUUAGUACCUCUUUUUAGAAAGAAUCUCUAUGUAAUGAGAUUAGCAAGCAAUUACUGAUGUACAUUUGUAUACAUGUGUGUGUGCAGCUUCUUUCUCAUUAACUUUUUAAUCAUGGCAUGAUUGUUUGAUUCAAGUUUUCUGCUUGGGAGUAUAAAUUCAAUCUCCCAGUGUUCUCAUGUAUUUACAAAAAAUCCUCUCUAUAUGCAUUGUUCAUUAUGUCAUAGAACUUUGAAUUUUGUUGGUUGAUACAUACAAGAGGAGAAAAUGUUGAUAGUAAGAAGUAUUGUUUAAUCGAUGUUCAGCACACAUGUACCUGAAAAUCACAGACCUGCAAAGCAUGAUAAUGCUUAAAACAUCUGUUGUAAACAUACUGAUAUAUAAUAAAUUAUUUUUUAAAUGUCA